AAAUUAUUUUGGUUACACCACGUGACGCCAAAAUGCUUAUAAAAACAAAACCAAGCGGAAUUGAACAUUUAUUCGCACCAUUAGUGUGCCUAUUGAAAUAUCCGUUGACCCGUUUCCCAACACUUUGCGACUGCUUUGCAUGAAGAGGCCAGCUGGGCUGGUCCGUGAACGCACCUCCCUCUUCCUGAGUGGACUUUCUACUUGUGUCGUGGAGAGUGCUGACGGAGUUUCUGGACCGGGACCUUCGCCCCACGCUGCAAGCGGGUCACGCAGAGGACCACAGCCCCCAGUCGGACUUUGAACCCGUUACUCGGUAAAAAGUGAAAAGUGCGCUCGAGUAUUUGUUCGCAGCGCUCGCACUUUUUCUUUUGACACUCCCCACUCAGGAGAAGAAGCAGCAUCCCUCCGGCUCCGCUCUUCGAGUCUUUUCCACGGGUAUUGAGCAACAGGUUGAGCCUCGGCCGAGAGAAGCAGCCGACCAUGCCGAGUAAAAGCCAAUACUUACGGCCCCGGCUCUGUACGCUGGAUAAAGGCGACAACGGCUACGGCUUCCACCUCCACGGGGAGAAGGGCAAAACUGGCCAGUUCAUACGGCUGGUGGAGCCUGACAGCCCGGCUGAAUCGUCGGGGCUCCGCGCCGGGGACCGCCUGGUGUUCGUCAACGGGGACGACGUGGAGAACGAGAGCCACCAGCAAGUCGUGGGCCGGAUAAGAGCCACUUCGGGUCGGCUGGAGCUCAUCGUGGUGGACCCGGACACGGAGCAGCUCCUGAAGAAGCACAACAUCAAGUGUCUGAAGGAGUACGUCAAUGACGGGAUCCCGUUACCUUUCGAAGAUGAAGAGGAAGCUGAGACGCACCGACAAGAAGACGAGGACAAGAGGUCAGAAAAUGGAGAUGAGCGGCGAGACCACAGCGUCGAGGCAGAGGAGGAGCGAGGUGGGGGGUCCAGAGGGAGCACACCCGUACCGGACAGAAACGGAGAGAUUCACGGGAUCGUCCAGAGGAAGCUGAGCGUCAAUUCAGACCAGGAGGUGAGCCCCGAGCUGCGGCCACGUCUCUGCGUGAUUCGGAGAGAAGCAAACGGAUAUGGCUUCAACCUACACAGUGAGCGGGCGCGGCCUGGCCAGUACAUCCGAGCUGUGGAUGAAGACUCCCCCGCAGAGAGGGCAGGCCUGCAACCUAAAGACAGGAUAGUCCAGGUGAACGGCGUGUCGGUGGAGGGCAAAACACACUCCGAGGUGGUGGCGGCCAUUAAAGCCGGCGGGGACGUGGCCCGCCUGCUCGUGGUCGACCCCGAAACGGACGCAUUCUUCAAGAAGUGCCGAGUGAUCCCCACCUUGGACCACCUGACUGGUCCAUUACCUGAGCCUGGCGUCAAUGGAGGAAUGGAGGAGAAGGUGAACGGCAGAGGGACGGAGAGGGACUCCAAGCUCUCCGUCAGCCCUUCUUCAUCCAACGCCUCAUCCAACGCCUCACUCACGCCAACCACAAGCACUCCUCCUGAGGGCGUAACAACGGAGGCCAUCCCAGCUCUGAACAUGAGCCUGCAGCAGGUGAAAGAGCUGGCCCAUCAGAAACGCUCCAAUAAGAGAGCCCCGGCCAUGGACUGGACCAAGAAAAAUGAACUCUUCAGCAACCUAUAGGGCCUUCAGCUCACUUGACACACACAAAAACAACACAAUUUGUGUUGCAGUGAUUCUUACAGAAAGACCCUUUUUUUUAAAAAAAAAGUUAUAUUAGUCACUUCAUUACUAUUCAUGAAAAGAUAUUCCACAAAUUAUCUAAUAGUAAUGUACUACUAACCAUGAACGAUGACUGGACUGUUGAAAAUGUGUGCGUGUGUGCGUGUGUGUGUGUGUGUGUCUGCUGCUACACUCACUCACCUGACAAUCAGUUUAUCGUGUAUCGUUUAGUUUAUCAGGUAAUCAGUCAGAGUGAAUCAAAAGUCUUAAAAUUUUAUUUCUGAACUCUUGUUAACAAUAUUUUUGUGUAGAUAUUUACGUCUAAUAGCAGCACAUCUAAUUUUGUCUUAGCACAAUUUUGAGAGAAAAAAAAAGGGUUAAUGUCAUUGCUGUCCUUCAAGAAUGGAUUUUUAACUGGGAAAAAAAAAGCGCACUGAUGGCUUUAAACAGGAAUGAUUUUAAAAGGAGUUUCUCUUAUAAUGUAUAUAUCAUAUAUCAUGUAUAUUUUUACAUUUUUGAUAGAAUCAAGUCCAGAAUGAAGCUCACAUCUUUUUGUCUGUGAUUGACAUGACUCAACUUAGACAAGUUUUAAACGUGUCUUAUUUGCUCGGGUUUAAAAAUUGUCAAAUUUUUAUUCCGUUCUAGUGAUUUGUAGUUUGGGAUUGUUGACGUCUUAAAGAAUGUUUGCGCUUCUCUAGAUUGUGCGCUUUUGUCAAGUAUUGCGAUUGUUUUCCAAAUGAAUGAUGGACUUGUGAUAAGUUGUAGUACAAGCCAGCUUGUGUAAACAAAGUGAAGAGUCUCUAUUGUAAUAAAAUAUAUUAUAAAUGUCAUGUUUCUUUACAUGGCUGAAUAUAUAAUAUUUUCUCUUGCAGUAAUAUCAAAUAGCGGUCAUCAUGAAAGGUCUCAGUGGCGCUAGUGUGCAGAGCGCUGCGCACCAAGGUUGUCUUGAAUUGGUGGGCGUGACGUCAGUCUGCCAGUGCUGCAAGAUGGCGACCGCGUGGCCUUUUUCAGCACAUAUGUUGCUUCCUUGUUGUUCACACUUUAGAGAUACAAGAUCACAAUUAAAAAUAUUGUUGUGUUUUAUUUAAGCACUUUAUUUGUGAUCAUCAAUAAAGAAAAGUAACAAGCUACACAAA